AUGGCUGAAGACGACGAUCAAGACAUCUUUGAUGCGCUGGAGCGCGAAGCCUCUGAGUUCACCAAGGAUGCGGAGAUCGAUCGAAUCCGCAAGGCGUUUUCUCUCGACGCAUACGCCGUCCUAGACCUACAGCCCGGUGUUCCUGAAAAGGACAUCAAGAUCCAAUAUCGCAAGAAAUCUCUCCUUAUUCACCCGGAUAAGACCAAGAAUCCGGCGGCGCCAGAUGCCUUUGAUCGUCUUAAAAAGGCACAAGUUACGCUCCUCGAUGAGAAGGAGCGCACCUACCUCGACGAAUGCAUUGCAGACGCACGACGACUCUUAAUUCGCGAACACAAAUACACUGUUGACUCGCCGGAGCUGAAGACCGACGAGUUCAAGAAGGAAUGGCGACAGAAGACCGUCCACGUCUUGUUAGAGGAGGAGGCACGGCGGCGCCGACAAGCCAAGGCGCGUAUGCAGGAAGAGGGACGGGAGAAGCGCAAGGAGGAAGAAGAACUUGAUGCGCGCAAAAGGAAACGCGAUCAUGACAAGGCCUGGGAAGACACCCGGGAAGAGCGCAUUGGCAGUUGGCGGGACUGGAAGAAGGGGAAAGGCGACGAGAAGAAGAAGAAAAAGAAGAUGAAGGUACUUGGAUAA